UGUUUUAUUAUUGCGAGGCCAGUUAACUAAUGUUUAAAAUAAUCAUACAAGUAUAUUUAGAUUAUCAUACAUUUAGCUAUCACAUGAAACAAUAUGUGGAGAUAAAAAUAUUUUGUCGCGUGUUAUCACCUUCGGUCAUUUAAUGGCACGUUUUUUAUCAGAAAAGCAACAGACAGAAAGCGAAUAAAUCAUCUUGGAUAAUAAAGGUGUUACGUUGUAAAGAUUUCAAGUCACUAUGGCAAACGACUACCUGAAGUACAAAUGGAGAUUAUGGUUUCAAGCAAUUGAUGUUAGGCACGAUGGUAAAAUACACAUGGAAGACAAAUUAGAAGAAGGAGAGAGAUUUGUUGAAUGUAAUCAACUCGAUAAUAGACAGAAGAAGAAGCUACAGGACAACUUAAACAAAAUAUACAACGAGUACGUCUUCCGGGGAAAACGUAGUGCAAUAACCGAACAGCAGUUUGUUGAUAUGCACAACAAAGAUUUUAAGACAGACAAAAAGGCAUUUGCAGAAAAAAUGCGGAAGUGUGGUGAUGUAAUAUACGCUAUAUAUGAUAUAAAUGGAAAAGGAUUCCUAACCGAGGAAGAAUUUGUGCAUGUAGCGACAUCUGGGAGUUAUGAAUACAUUGAUCAAGUGAAAGCGGUAUUCCAAAGUAAGAAAACGGUUGGUGGAAAAGUUUCUGUUAAAGUACUGACUGAAGCAUGGGUUCAUUUUACUACUUGUGAGGAUAGUUCUAAACUUGAUAUUAUAAAACUAGGUCUCGAAUCAUCUCUGUCUGAGUGAGAUAGAUAUAUAACAGAGGACAAAACCAGUUUUGUUUUAAUUUACUUCUUAUAUAAAAAUCAACUCUCUCUCUGGAAAUAGCUAUAUUUAUAAAUUCCCCUUUAUUUACAGUUUGAGAAUUAACACAUUUACGUGGACAAUGCUCACUUUCUUUCAGAUGUGUAUCUUUGUACACUUGUCAUUAUAAUAUUUUCAAAAGCCUCCCCGAAAGACAAUGGACGUGCUGUCAAUGAGUAUUCUUUAAUUCCAGCGCAUUUCGAUGUGCCGGUAUUACAGUAGAUGGAGUUACCCGUAUUGGCUGGGAUAAGGAUUCAUCUUUUGUGCAUUUAUCUAAACUUGGGUUAAAUAUAUUACAAUGAACUUAUUUUG